AUGGAAAAGAAAGGAGAAAUGACAAGUGAUUAUAAAUUUAAUUCUUUAAGUAUAAAAUUAGAUGAUAAUGAACAAAUAAAGACUAAAGUAGACUUAUCCAGUGAAAAAUACCAAAUCACAGAUCCUUUUAAUCACAAGAUAAAAGAAAAAUCCAAUGACGUAGAAAAAGAUUUAAAGGAAUUAGAAAAAGAAUUAGAGGUAGAAGUUUUAAGUGAUUUGUCUGAAGAAAUAAUUGUAAAGUCAGAUGUUUUUGACGAUGAACAAAUAAGUACAAUAAUAAUACCUACUAAUCCUUAUGAUAAAGUAGGUUAUAGCAUAGAAAGAGACAAUGAUCUUAUUAUUGAUAAGGUCAAUAAAAAUUUAAAAAUUAACCUUAUCAGUGAUAAAUCAAUUGAUGAGUCAUUAAGUAAAAUUAGUAUUAGAAAGACUAAUAAUCACAUUGUUUCUAUGAAAUUAUAUGAUGAAAAGCUUUUCAAACAACAGAAGAAUACAAACAAACACAAUGAAUUAAUUAAAAUUGAUAAAAGGUGUUUUCCUGAUAUUCAAUUGCUUAAUAGUGUAAUUUUAAGAGAUGGAUUACUUUAUUACUUCAAAAUAAUACAACUAAAUACCUUUUGGUUGAUACAUAGAUUUGUUUUUAAUGUAGGUGAUGAAUAUGAAAUAAUAGAAGACUUCUUUAAGAUUAAUAAAAAUAAGGAAUUUUUUGGUAAAUUUAUAUCAAAGAAUGUAACAAACAUUACUUUUAGAAGAAGUCAUUAUUUGUUUUAUGAGUCUAGUGAAUCUAAUUUUAUUAAAGUUACAAUGAGAUUAGUAGGUAGUAGUUUACUGGUGACAGACCUUAAUAAUAAAGUAAUCAAUUUCAUAUCAAAUGAUAAGAGAUUUAUCAUUAAAGAAAGUAAAAAAUCGUUUUAUAUAAGAAAUUCAAUAGAAAUUUAUAAAUUCACAUGUAGUUGUGAGAUUGAGAGAGAUGAGUGGGUAAGUACUAUUUUAAAGAAUUAA